UAUUUGGUGCACUUGAUUCGGUUGGCGAAAAAUUAAGAAAAAUCAGAAAACUCGUGAUGAAAUUUUCUCGUUUCGAAUUUAUUUGUGUUGCAGAAAAGCAGCAGGUGCUCAGAAUAUAGGCAGGGGAUAAUAGCAACAACAAACAGAGAAAGUGGAUCAUUUUUUCAGAUAAAUAAAACACCUCUCCUUUCUCUGUUUGUCAAAGAGAAUUAACAGACUCCUUCUCUACUUUAUUCUCCGUCCCUUCCUUUUCCUCUUCUUUUAUAUCCCCUCUUCCUUGUCUCUUUCUACCCAUUUCACACUGUUGCUUUAUACACCCCCAUUGGCGAGAGAGAGAGAGAGAGAGGGACGGGGGAGAGAGAGAGAGAGAUCAAGAAUGAGUUCUUGUGGAAGAAAUGGUGCGGUGAGACCAUACAUAAGGUCAAAAGUGCCUCGCUUGAGAUGGACUCCUGAUCUUCACCACUGCUUUCUUCAAGCCAUUCAAAGGCUUGGAGGCCAAGAAAAGGCUACUCCAAAGCUUGUUCUUCAGAUGAUGGAUGUAAGAGGACUCACUAUUUCACAUGUCAAAAGCCAUCUCCAGAUGUAUAGGAGCAUGAAGAGUGAUGAUGGCAUCAACAAAGAUGAAAGUUUGAUUCAUCAAAGAAGAAAACAAUCUCUUGAGGAUCAUUAUGAUGGCUAUAUUGAUCAAGAAGCAACUGGGUCUGAUCAGUAUGCUUCAUUGCUGCUAACAAACCUCAGUACUGAGGAAUCAGAUUCUAAAGAUCAAAUCUUUUUCAUGAGUCCUAAAGCCCCACAAACAAAAAGAGCAAGAAUUGAUGCAAUGAGUUGUAACUCAGCAGAUCAGAGCCUGCAACAUUGCAGCCAAAGAAUAAGUGAGACACUACUCACAAGAGAUCAGUACUAUUUUGAUGAUUAUAUGCAGCUGGCUGGAGAAAAAAGUGAGGUAAACAAGGAAGGUUUAUUAAGUUUUUACAGAAGCCAAGCAGCUCCAAUGGCCACAGCUUUCUCUCUGCCACAUGACCUCUUUAACAACAUCAGUCCCUUUGCAAACCAUGCAAAUGCAGUGCUGGAAGAAUCUGAUUUCUUUAAGGUUUCUGAAGAGGAAGAUAAAACAUGCUCAUCAUUAAGAAGCUGCAAGCUUGAAAGUUCCGAAGAUAAGCACCAAAAUGAGGCUGAGGAUGGUGGAGGCUGUGGAUUGUCAUUAUCGCUCUCGUUGCAACAUCCCUGCACUCAGAGAAGCAAUGUUUCUUCAGUGAGCGAGAUCAGUGAAACUAUUUCUUCUUCAUAUAGUAGGCAUGACUUCAGCUCUUGCCACGGCACUUCUUCCGGAAAACCAAACCUUAGCUUAAAUCUAUCUAUUGCACUAUGUGACACCUAAACAUUAGAAGAAGGAAGCAUAAUUUUUUCUAAAUCCCCAGUUUCCGCUAUUAGAUAAUUCAGAUUGUAGUGUUAAUGUACUACUGACUCCAGAAUAUUUUUACCAUCUUGAUUUCUACCUUAUGUAAGUUGCAACCAAGAAAAACAAGCCUUUUAAUGUGGUCA